GCAAUCUUUCAAAAACACACAUUCCACAGACUAGAUUUUGGAUAUAAGACAUGCUCACCGGAAAAUGUUUGGUAGCGUGGCUAAUUGUUUAUUUAUGCUAUAUAGGACCAGGCGGCGCCUCGAAGAUCGAAAAUGAGGUACGGGCAGUAGGACCACAGUGCUCAAGCUGCCUGAAAAUUCAGCACAAGUGUACCGUCUCCCAAUCUGGGCUAUUUUGUCAAACUAAGUCGGAUAAGGAUAAGAUACUAUUUUCAACCAAGACCGGGAACAAAUUAUACAAUCUACCCGAGUGUGUUCCACCAAAAUAUAACGUCACGGGUCCGAUUCUGGACUGGUGCUGUCUGUGGUCGCCGAAGGUGGGCUGCCAGCAAUUGGCCGGUACCCACUACCAAAACCAAUCGGGCUGGAAGGAGAACUGCGAUAUUUGCCUGCACUCCUGCGUCUGCGAUGAGAAUCGGAGCGGGGUGGUCAAGUGCUCACCCAUGGCCGGCUGGCUGGCUGCUCUGGGCAUUCUGGUGCUGCUGUCGAGAUCUUAUCUUCGGUCUUGAGAUGCGCUGCUUUGCAUAUCAGUGGAAAUUCAAUAAAGUUGCCUGCAUGGGGGAAUUUCGAGUGCCCGGGCACAUACCAAAAAUACAAAGUGGCCAUUGCACUAAGCCAAGAAGAAUACAAAUCAAGUCAACAAUGGGUCUGCCACUGGUGCGACACGGUGCACAUUACUCUGGCCAAAAAGGGAACCUGGGAAUGGCAUAUUGU